CACCUGUUCUCACCAGUAUGCCUAGCUGCAGACAGCAGAGCUGGGACUAAAGUCAAGUUUCAUGCAUCGAGCGAUGGACUGCAGCGUAUGCCUCUGGCUGAUCAUCUCUUUCUGCUGGGCUUGGGGUGCCAGCCCUGGGACUGUGCGCACGGUUUUUGGAGCCCUGGGGAAACCCACCCUUCUGGACGUGACACCAGAUCUCCAGCAAUUAACUACACGCUUUGAGAAAGUUGUGUGGAAACGGGAUACGUCGGAUCCCGUGACAAAGUCCAUCAUCCUGGAUUAUGCGGGAGGGAAUUCCAGCAUCAAACUGAACCAGAGCAUGAGGUUCCACCCCACGAACUUCUCCCUGGAGAUCUUGGAGACCUCCAGGCAAGACGCGGAGAUGUACACGUUUACCGGGACCCGACAAUACGAGGAGAAGGAAGUGCACCUGCGCCUGGAAGUGUACGAGGAGGUGUCAAAGCCCAUCAUCCAAGUCAGCAAGUCCCUGAGCAACAAGAGUUGCACCCUGACCCUCAACUGCACGGCUGAGAGAGGCGACAACAAGACCUACUGCUGGAGCUGCCCCAAGCACGAUGCCGCCUGGCCUUGCCUCCACAACGGGAGCCUGUUUAACCUGUCCCUUAACCUCUGGGAGACCGACCGCACCUGCACCUGCACUGCCAGCAACCCUGUCAAUCACUACUCCACCCACAUCGGUGCCUCGGCCGAGUGCAACAUCGAAUCCAGAGGGUCCGGCAGACUCGAGGUGGUAUACAUCCUGCCCAUCAUCCUGAUAAUGGUCAUCUGCGCUGGGCUUGUCAUCUGGUACUGGGUAAGACACAGAGGCCGAAAACAGCAAGUGCCGCUGAAGGACGAGUCCACCAUUCACACCAUUUACGCGCAAGUUCAGAGGGCAGAGAAGCAGAAAGCCGUGUGCACUUUCCCUUCUGCCGAGGACCACGCUUGCACCACCAUCUACGCCUGUGCCAUGGGACUACCUCCAGACACGGCUCAGACCCAGACCCUGGGACCCACAACAGUUUAUGCCAGCGUGACGUAUCCCAGGAGCUGAGACCUUCCCAGGCAACAUGCAAGAUCUGAGACAUUGGGAGGACACAGAUGGACUCUUACCCUGCAAGGAACCCAUUUGUUCAUCUUCUGAAUUGGCAUCCAAGUUCCCUAGGAAGUUAUCAGCUAUGGUCCAUGUCCACAAUGUACAGAGCUAUGAGCUAAAACUGCAACCGGUGAGACUGAGAUUAGACGUUAAGGGAAAACUCUUCUAAUUUCAAGAUAACUCAGCCCCAGACAAAGCACUCCAGGGGAGCGGGGUUGGACUCCCCAGCACUGGAGGCCCAAGGACAAGCCUGACCAACCUUUGCUGGGGGCAGGGGAAGGUACUAGUUGGAUCUGAAGGACCCUUUCUGAACCAUUUUCCAUGGUCUCCUAAGAGAGGGGACCAGGCAAUACCCUUUGGCACAAUUCAGCUGGAUGUUGAAAGCCUGCAAGUCACAGAUAGCACAUAAUAGCACAACUCUUAUGCAUGACAAGGGUCUUUGCUACUGAUUGUACAUGCAUGAGUCUCAGGUACUAAGGUAGUGGCAGCCGUUGAAAGCCUAGGGGGGCUGGACAGGCAGGUAGAUGAGUGCAGGAGAAGGGAGGAUGACCGCCAGUGGGACUGGACCAGUGAUGAGAGCUAGGAGCUGCAGAGGAGAAGGCAAUCACUGCCAGCAGCCGGACUGUGUCAGGGCCCAGGUUUUAUGUCAAGGGCUGAGCCUGGGCAGAAGCCAGCUGUCAGGAAACAGAGGAGGAUGGUAUAUGUUCAUAUGUCAAGGGCCACAAAAGCACGAGGCCUCGAUCCCAGGAUGCUCCUUUGCUCUGCGGAUGGCACCGCAGUGACACGGGCUUAUACCAGGUGGGCACCUGGACCAGGAGAACUGUCCCUUGGUCACCCUGCUGCUUUUAGGUAAGACCUUCCUGUCCGUCCCAGUAUAACUGCAUGGAUUCUGCUCUGGACUUGGCUAGGGUUGAUUCCAAUUCAACCAGCAUCCUACUAAAGGUCAAUUCUUCCCAGGGUACUUCUGCUCCUGGGGUGAAAUUCUCCUCCCCAGGGGUCUAGCAUGACGAUGGGGCAUCCCUUCUCUCAUGCUGUGAGGAACUAUGCAAGAUGUUAAAUCAUCCAGCAAUUCUCUAUCCAAAAAGCUGGAUAUCUGGGAGAUUUGCUCCAGUUCCCACAUCCUUGGCUCAGGGGAGUGGCUCUUCUCCCACAAACCAUGCACUGCUCUGGGUCUGGCUGUCUCCGCAAGUCAGGUUUACCCCAUGACCUCUUCAGAGCAUGCUGUCAUCCAAAAAAGUCCAAGCCCAGGACAGAAUCCCUCACUGAAGACGGACAAGGAUAUUACAGCAUGUCAUGGCCUGAUUGGAAAAGGCUUUUGUGCAGAGGCAGCACAGCAUAGCAAGAGGGUCGGGUGCCUGGACUCCCGGGUUCUCCUCUCAGCUCUGCCACUGGCUCUCUCUGCCACCGGGUUUGGGUCGCUUCGCCUCUGCACCCCUCUGUUUUCCUCCUGCCUGUAAAACAGAGACCGCAAGGCUGACCUGCACCACACCAGGAAGACCCGCACCUGCACAUCACUUUGGAUGCCUCUCCAAUCAGAGUCGCUCUGGAAAGCCAACUCAUUUGUGCAGCACGCCCCGACUGCGUGUGCAGCUAGCGGAAAGGGAAGGGCUAAUAAAAAGCUGAAAUAA